AUAGUUCUGAAAUUAUUUUCAGAUCACUGAGGAUCCACAUCUCGAAUCUUUUGCAUUGUGCUAUGCAUUCUUAACAUUGGUCAUCUGUUAAAACCCUGUCUUCCUUGCUGAAGACAAAAAUGACUUCAUUUCAAGGUGGACAGUGUGGGAAAAAUAAUGCCAUCAUGAUUCGGAGCAGAGAAGAGGCCAUGGCCAACCUUGCACAGCAGCAGUUCUUUGACAGUGACCGGGUUAAACAAUUUCACCGCCAAAUCAUGCUGUCAGAGACCCUGAAAGAAAGAGAUCAUCAGGUCAGACAGAAACAGGUGAUAGCUGAUCAUGCUAAAGAAGAAAACAGGAAGUUAAUGGAGCUGCUCAGGUGUAAGGAAAUAGAGGUCAUGGAACAGGAGAGACAGAGAGCAAAGCAACGAGAACUGCAGAGAAAAUCCGUUGCAGAUUUUGUGAAGCAACAGCUGUGGGAGAAAGAGCUUGUUAAAAGACAAAGGAAGGUGGACAAAGAGAGAGAGAUAAAUGAACGGCGGCAGAUUCAAGAGCAAUAUGAAAAGGAGGUUAAGACGGAGAGACAAAAACAGCAUGAACAGAAGACCAACGUUCGGAAAACAUACACAGAGCAGAUCUUGGCCAAGAAAGCCAUGGGAGCUAAAGAAGCGAAACAAAAAGAGAUGGAGGAGAAGCGCCGAAGGCAAAUAAUAAUGGAAAAAGACAACUGGAACGCGAUGGUCAGAGACAUCGAAGCCGACAGGCAGGACGGGCUGCAGAGGCGCAGGGAUAUUGUGGCAGAGAAGCUGGCUUUGAAGAUGCAGGAGGACAUGAAUAAAAAGGAACAGCACGCUGCCAAUGUUCUGGCUACAGCUCUGGCCCAGCAGGAUUCUAAGUGGCUGCAGGCUCUAAAUGAGAAGAACGAAAAAAGGAAGGCCAUGAUGGAUGCCAUCGCAGCGCACAGAGAAAAUAAACGGAAGCAACAUGAGCAGAACACCACAGUGGAGAAACAGAGGGCAUGGUGCACACUCCAGACCUUUAGAGAGGAGGACAGAUUAUACUGGGAAAAUGAACAAAAAUUUGCACAGAGAAAAAGAGAGGAACUUCGCCUGUUGAACGAAGAACGCCAUCAGCAAAUGACUGAAAAAUUUGCCAAUGAAAAACGAAAGAAAGAAGAGCAAUUGGAAUUUGAUGCAAGAAACACUCAGCUAAUCUAUGAAGAGGAUGCACAGUUUCAAGCGUACACUGCAGCGGUUAUCAGUGCUGCUGCAGCAUCGGAGAAGAACACAUACUCACUUUGCAGGGUGGCCAGAAUGGGCAUGGGCUGUGGGGUUGGACCUAUUACUGGAGGACUGAGAGCAAACUACUUGGUUCCUGGUGCCACCUAUGCCAACAUUCCAGAUUAUACCAGAAGCAUCAGCCAAGACGUCACUAGAUUUUCCAGAGCUCAUGAUGAUCUCCAAUCCACAAAAAACAGACUAGGCUUUGCAUGAUGAAGUAUCUAACAGGGACUUCAACUGGAUGCUGAAAAUGGAAGUGGCUUCAAAUGGAUACUGAAGAUUCCUUGAGAAGGAGAAAA